CAAGCACCCGCCUCAGCCCGAAGUCAAAAACUGCCUCACCCAGACAGACGUUGCUCCUCUUUUCCUACCAAUUCCUCCUUCACAACUCAGAUCCAUCGUCCCAUCACGACUCAUCCUUCUCCCAUCUCUUUGGCGGAUCAUCAAUCGACUUCUAUUCUCUGGCAGCUACUCCCGUUACUCCCUGCUACAGAACAUGUGUUUCCAAGCCGGUGCCCUUUGUGGACCUGGUCGCCCUGCAGCCUGACGCGGGGGUUUCAUCGAGCUUUGUGAAUGCGCAGGAGUCCACUUUUAGCAGCACGUCUUCCGUGUCCUUGAAUCGUCGGGCCGCGUCACUGGUUGUCUGUGAUUGAGGCAGAAGUGUUUGGAUCCAUGGAAGAGACAACAGACCAUGUUGGCGAGGAUGUGAGGCCUAGCGCCGAACUUGUCGACGGCGGGGAGGAUACGCAGCCUCGUGGCGGAGACGCCAACUCCAGCUUGCAAUCAACCGCCACCGCCACCGAGACAUUGAAGAGACAUCUCAAUAACACCACAGCCUCCCUACGUAAUGCCUACCAUGUUAUGCGGGGGGACCGUUACAGUCGGAAAUCGGCUAAGAGAUAUGUGAAGGAAACGUUUUCUCACGCGCAAAGGCUGCACCAUGUCGUUGACGAAUUUGACCAUCAGCUGCAGCAAGAAACGGAACUCUUGCUCCGUGAUCGAAAAAGCAUGGAGGAAGACUGGGCGUACCUCAACGAGAUCAGAAUGAGUACCAUUAAACACACGGCGUGGUUGGAAGAUGGUGCAGAUCCGUUGUCCGUGCUAGGAAACAUGGAGGAUCCGCAAGACUUUGGCCGGCUUGUUGAGAAGCGAUUCCACAACCUGCGCGCCCAAAUAGACAUCCUCACUACUGAUCUGGCCAACCUCAAAAAGGCUCAUGACGAGCUCUUGUGUGAUAACACGGGCCUCAAAACGCGUAUCACGCAGCUAGAAGAGGACUAUGACAGUGAGUCCAGAGCCUGCAAAGACCUCGUGAAGGUUAACGAAACGCUUGAAAAGAACGCAUGCGAAUCCAAAAUGGCCAGAGAUGCUGCCGUAAGGGCGGAGGAACACGCUCGAGAUUUACUUUCGAAGGAGAGGGCCGACGCCGUGAAGGUAAAUGAGACCCUUGUGAAGGUUAUAGACGAUCAUGCGCGCGAGAGGGAGAAUUUCGCUCAAGAGCGAGAUGGUUUCUCCCUCGGCCGCGCGGAAUGCGCAGAGUUGAGGUCUCAGCUAGAUGCCGAAAGGCAGAAGACCGAGGCCCUGUCGAGACAAGUCUUCGACCAGAAUGAAACAUUGCGUGCCAAGGACGACAGUUUCGCACAACUGUCGGCGGACCAUGCGAAGCUGUUGGAGGAGAGCCAGUCCACCGAAGUAGCUCUUGCCAACUCGGACAAAGAGCGUGAUGAUCUCCGAGAACUUCUUGCCAGCUUGGAAGAGACCUAUCGAGGCACGGCAGGCGAGUUGCAGACGACUCUGUUGGAGAACUUUAGCCUCAGUGACGAUAGCAAGCAGGGGCAAAUUCGGUUCAACGUGUUGCGACGGCGCGUAAGACAACGGUCCUACGAUCAUAUAAGAUUGAACACAAGGGAGAUCCACCUCCGCGCUACGUUGGAAGCGCAAGCAGAAAUGUUGAACCAGGAACGGGCUCGCGCGGACAACGCCGAGCGCAAUGCUCAGCAGGCGGCUGACACUCUCCAGGAGACGCGGAUGGAGCUGGAGGCACAGCGCGAACAGGCCGAUCAAGCCAACGCCGCACUGGCACAGCGAGAAAAGGAAGUGGAGGCACUGCGCGGACAAGUUGAUCAAGCCAACGCCGCACUGGCGCAGCAGCGAGAAAAGGAAGUGGAGGCACUGCGCGGACAACAGCGAGAAAAGGAAGUGGAGGCACUGCGCGGACAAGUCGAUCAAGCCAACGCCGCACUGGCGCAGCGAGAAAAGGAAGUGGAGGCACUGCGCGGACAAGUUGAUCAGGCAUUGGCCGACGCAGCAGCGAACGCAAGGGAGGCGGAAGCAAAGCGCGAACAGGUUAAUAAACUCGACACUGCGCUGGCAGAAGAACGUCGACAAAGAGGAGCGGCGCAAGAGACGUCCGAUCAGCGUACUUCAGAACUAGCAGAGGAGCGUCGACAAGGAGAAGCGGCGCAACAUAAGGCAGAACAGUACGCUUUGAAUCCGCAAUUGCAUCAAGUUCAUAUGGAGGGCGAAGGGUACGCUAGCGGCCUGGGCGAGGAGUGGAACCAGAGAGAGGCAGAAUGCAGAGAGGCGCAGCAGGCCAAGGCAGAUGUGGAAGCACUCCAGCUAAAGAGCGACGCCUGCGGCCAUAAGAGAGGAUCUUUGAAGGGAGAAUUCUCUUCUCAUGAGGGAGCCACACAACGACAUUGGGACGCAGAGCGGAUUAGGGAGCCGAACGACCAGCUCAGUCCUCCAGGAGUCAGUGUUUCCAACGUUACACUUCGACCCAUGGUGCACAGCGACGCCAGAGCCAGCGGCCCUCUACCAAGCCUGGACGACAUAGAUAUUCAUCCGAACAAAGUCUUCUCCAGCCUUAUACGUCAGCGGAGUUAUCAAGACCAAUUCCCAGCAACUAUGUCCCCUCCGCAGUCAAGCAGAUUGCCGGAAACUGCUGGCCGUGUCAACAAUUGUGCCCCUUCCCUACCUUACUUCACACCACAGACUAUCAACAGCUUUGCCCAGGCUCCGCCGACUCCGCUGUCUGGCGGACCGCUCGCGCCACCACCUGCAGUUGCUGAUGAUACCGCAAUGGCUCCUACCCCUGAGACCCCUGUCGCUGUCCCACAACCUGCGCAUCGGGACCGGGUGGACUAUUACCAAUCUCAUUCUUGCCACUAUGAGCGCCGCAUAUGA